AUGGAACUUCGAAUUACAAGCUUAACGACCCUUUGGCCUUCAAUCCAUCAUUUUCAGGUCAUUUUGUUAUUCUGUACCAGUUUACUAUGCUUGCAACCACCUACCGAUUGUCUCAGGAAUUUGGGAAAUGAAACUGAUCGACUUGCACUCCUGGAAUUCAAAUCCAAGAUAGGCAAUGAUCCACAUGUCUUCUUCAGCUCCUGGAAUGAUUCUGUCAACUUCUGCAAAUGGCAGGGGAUUACUUGUGGCCGAAAACACCACAGAGUUGCAUCUCUAAACCUGUACGGGCUAAGCUUGUCUGGAACCAUUUCUCCGUUUAUAGGGAACCUCACAUUCUUAAGGUUCCUCAAUCUUCGCAACAACAGCUUCCACGGUGAAAUUCCUCAAGAAGUUGGCAGCUUGUCCCGACUGAGACACCUCAACCUGACAGAUAACAGAUUGGGAGGUGAAAUUCCACUCAACAUCACCUACUGCUCAGAGCUCCGAAUCCUUAUAUUGGCUAGAAAUAGAUUUGUGGGUAAAAUUCUCAAUGAACUUGGCUCUUUAAAAAAGCUUGUGUCACUUGACCUCUACGGAAAUAAUCUCACAGGAGAGAUCCCACAUUCAUUUGGAAACCUUUCGUCCUUCAAACAUUUAUCUGUAGUUGUCAAUAAUUUGGCUGGAAAUAUUCCAAACAAGUUGGAGCAAUUGACAGGCUUAACUUUCGUCUCGGUUGGAGUAAAUAAUCUGAUAGGCACAAUCCCUGGCGCCCUAUACAAUAUCUCAUCUAUCAAUGUCUUUUCGGAGCCAGAUAAUCAGUUGAAAGGGAGUCUUUCAGCGAACAUAGGCCUCACUCUUCGAAAUCUGCAAGAUUUCUACAGUGGUAGAAACCAAUUUUAUGGAACUAUUCCAAGUUCAUUCACCAAUGCUUCUCAGCUUGAAAUAUUUGACAUCUCUGCCAACUUUUUCACAGGACAAGUUCCAAACAGUUUAGGAGAUUUAAGGAUCUGCAGCAGCAAUCUAGAAAUUCUAUCUUUUGCUAAAAAUAAUUUUGGCGGUGUAUUACCUGCAGCCAUAGCCAAUUUGUCAACCAAACUGAGCCUAUUAGGGGCCGGAGGCAAUCGAAUGUAUGGAAGACUUCCAUCGGAGGUUGGGAAUCUUGUGAAUUUGUAUGCAUUAGGCUUGGAGGAAAACCAUUUUUCUGGUACCAUACCAAUUUCUUUUGGGAAGCUUAGAAAGUUACAAAAACUGCAUUUGCAUACAAACCUAUUGUCUGGACAAAUCCCGCCAUCCUUAGGCAACCUCAGCCAGCUAUAUGAACUACAUUUAGGUGAAAACAAAUUACAAGGAAACAUAACAAGUAGCAUUGCAAACUGCCAAAACCUGCAACCUCUAGAUAUUGCAAACAAUUUCCUUAUUGGCUUCUUACCCCAGGAGAUCACUGGUCUUUCCUCUUUAUCAACAAUUCUUAACUUAUCACACAAUACAUUGACAGGUCCCCUACCCCGAGAAAUCCAUAAACUGAAAAAUAUUAAUGCGCUAGAUGUGUCACAAAACAAACUGUAUGGGGAAAUUCCUGAGACAAUACGGGAUUGCUUGAUGCCAGAAAACCUUAACAUGCAGGGCAACUUUCUCCAAGGAUCAAUUCCCUCAUCCUUGGCUUCAUUGAGAGGUCUCCAACAUUUAGACCUAUCAAGAAACAAUUUGUCCGGAAACAUUCUGAAGGAGCUACCGAAGCUCCCCUUUUUGCAAUAUGUGAAUCUUUCCUUCAAUAAUCUUGAGGGUGAAGUGCCAAGAGAAGGAGUGUUCAGCAAUAUAACGGCAGUUUCACUUGUUGGAAAAAAAAAAUCUUUGUGGAGGUAUCUCGGAACUGCAGCUACCAGCAUGCCCCAUCAAGCGAAAGAAACACAAAAAUUCUCCUCUUGCCAUUAUCCUUGCAACAGUUAUCAGUUCAAUUGUGCUUUUCAUGGCGAUAACAUCUUUAAGGGUUUUCCGCUGGUGAAAAUCAAGAAAGAAUCCAUCAUCCAAUCCUUUUUAGGAAGUCUUGAUCUACAUGGUGAAAGGAUAGUUGCUGUGAUGGUACUCAACCUUCGACAACGUGGAGCAUCCAAGAGCUUCAUUGCUGAAUGCAGAGCAUUGCGGAACAUCAGGCACCAAAAUCUGGUGAAGAUCUUGACAUACUGCUCAAGCAUUGAUUUUAAAGGCAAUGACUUCAAAGCUCUAGUGCUUGAUUUCAUGGUGAACGGAAGUUUAGAAAUGUGGUUGCAUCCAAAUGAAGAUGGUAGUAGCCAGCCAAGGAAUUUAAAACUUCUUCAAAGGCUUCGGGUUGCCACUGAUUUGUCAUCUGCUUUGCAUUACCUUCAUGACCUUUGUGAAACACCAAUCAUUCACUGCGACCUGAAGCCAAGCAAUAUUCUGCUUGACAUGACAUGA